UGUUGCAUAUGCUCUUGAUGCAGUCUCUGCAAUGGAUCGGCAAAGUCCACCGCAUCAGGCAGAGCCCGAAAGCGAAUGCAGGUUUGCCCAGGUGGCCCGCGCUGUUGCGCAGAUAUGGUUUGGCUACAUUUACCCCCUGUGCUUUUUGGCAGCGAGCUUCAUGCGGCCAAACACCAUCGUCAGUGGUAUCUAUGUUUUGAUGGCCUUUGUGGCCCUAUUUUUGCCUGCCGUGUUUGCCAAGAGAUGCGAAUGGGAGGCAUGGCGCUGGAAGCGAUUGCACCUGAUCGUGUGCUUGAGCUGCGCAAGCAUGUUCACUGCGGCCGCGGUGAUGCUUAUUAUUUGCAGGAAUGACGGCCUCAAAUCAGAGGCCCUCGCAGCGGGCAGACAGCUAUUCUUUGGAAUGGACGGCUGCAACAUAGCCAGCAGCCUGUUUCCGGAGACACUGGCAGCUUGCUCUGCUAUGCUGGGCGUAUCUUUGAGCUGCUGUACAAAGAAGUUACAGGAAAGGCCGCUUCCAGAAGUUCAUUCCAAUCCUUUAUUGUCCCCAACUCGCUUGGCGGCAGUGGCAGUGGUCUUGUUCUGUUCUGCCAGCCUGCACUUCAAUGUGUUUGCUGCGGUGUAUCAUAUCGCAACACUUUGCAUUCUGUUUUGCUGGGCAUGCGUCAACCCGUACUGCUCGAGGGGCUCAGCACAGGACUGUUUUAUGGGCAGACUCGCUUUUCUGCGAGUCACUUUGAUGGUGGUUUGUACCGCGCAAGUCGCAGUGGCCGCCAUUUUCAGCUUUCCCUUCCUUCCUGACAUGUCCGAAUCAGCGGCAAGGCUUCUGGGCCUGGAGGUUGGUCUUCUCAUGUACUGGCAGCUGCUGGCCAGCUUCUUUCUCAUGCAGCUGCUACUUUGGCCUGCCUUCGUGGGGCAGAGGAUUGAAGUGAGAGAUGUUCAGGCCAAGCCGCUGAGCAGACCCCCUCGAGGCAUCUCUGAGGAAAUCAGACGCAUGGAGCAGGCGCCAUCCCCGCCUUCAGCCAACGCUGUGGAGGCCCAGGGACGUGUACCGCAUGCGCGAAUACCUGAUAGCCCUAUGUCUAUUCCCGCUGAAGGUAUGGGAGCUCAGAUCGACAAGGAGGUUCAGUCUGCGAGGUGGCAACAAUGGCUUGCGAAUAAGGUUAGCUUCGCAUGUGGACGCAGUCCUUUGCCCUUGUUUUCCAUGCUCUCUUUGGUUGUGGUUUGGCCGUCGUUAGCAACAUUGCCGCUUUUGCUGGGUGGGCUCUGCCUAAUGCACAUUCCAGUGGAUUACUUACCGUCUUGCUUCUUUCAUAGCCUUUUGGUGUACGAGAUGCUGUGCAGCCUGAUUUGGUACUGCUUCAACAUUUUCUGCAGUGCGACUGGGGCACCUUUAUCCAAUGUGCCUCGGGAAUUCACCUGGAUGGAACGAAGUGGUUUGCAAUGCUACUUGCGGGCAGGACCAUACAACCCAGAGCUUCGCCGGUAUUUGUUUGCUCUGGGCCAGGGUGUGGCGUUGCUAGCUGCAGCCGCAUGUGCGCGAAGCAGAGCUUGGCAGGGCAUUGAGAAGCGUGCGUGCGAAGCACGCAAAGUGUCAGAGGAUGAUGAAGUUGAUGAUAGAGCGCCACCUCACCCAGAGAAUCCGACCUGCAGACAAGGCAGAUUUUUGCAGUCAACAGCUUUGCGGAAGGUUGUGGCAUUGAUCCGGCCUUUGACCGUGUCAUUCGUGGUUUUGGUGGGUCUCGGGCAGAAUCCGCCAAACCUGUUGGGGCUUGCAUACUUGCUGUGGCUAGUUGGUUUGGCCAUUUGCGGAGCAUUCACCUCUUAUGUGAGCUCUGGUUGGGAUAUCUUGCGAGCCUCUGGGUUCAUGUGGCGAAGCCUACUUCUGCUUAGCAACUGCGAAGUUUUGGCACUAUUCUACUGGCAGGUCAUGCGCACCGAUGACAACAACUUUGUUGGCUUACAGCGAUCCAUGCAGACACUACUUGAGGUGUCCUGGUCGCACUUCGUCAUCGGAGUCUUGGCUGCCGUGCAGACGUUGGCCCUAUUUCAGCGAGUUCCCACUCCUGCCAUGUUUGUAAACAGCAAUUCAGCAUUGGCAUGGUUUCUUUGGAUAGCUGGCAUCUUCUUCGAGAUGGGGCUGAUGUUGAACAUGGUGAUGAUUGAGCCAUUCACAGUAGACUCUUUUUUCAUUCUCAUACUCAUGCUAGGCAUCGUCGCUGUGGAGCAGUUCGAUGCACCAACAACGUGGCGAAAUUGGUUACUGACGGCCACAGCCGUCACGUGUGGAAUUCUUCUGCCACUGCGCUACAUGCUGCUGAUGCCUCAGGUGCAGGAAUGGCUGAGUGGUCCGAGCUCACCUUUGCCCAAGGAGCAGUACCUUCCUGUUUGGGAGGCUUUUGCCCUGGCUGAGACGAGCAUGGAGGUUCGCGUGAAAUUGGGAUACUUGGCCACUUUAUUGCUGGUCUCUGUGGGCCUGCGGCGCAUCUACCGCUUUGGAGAAGCAGCCAGCUUGAUCGGAGCGCGAAGCCAGGUGUUCAUUACCAAGAACAAGGUGAUGAUGACGAUAUUGCUCGAGGCUGCUCGAUGGUCGACGGUCGUUCUCAUAUGCACAGCCUACUUCAUCAUGCCGCGUAAUAGUGCUUCAUCACAUUUGCAGCUCAUUGUUCUGAUCCUGAUGUUGAUGAGUGGCCGAGGAUGGAACUACGCUGGCGGUUUCAUCUCCUUAACUUCAUCAGUGCUGCUUUUGGCCCAAUACGCCUACACAUUCCAGCUGGUGGAGAUUCCAGAAGAUCAGGCUGCCUACUGGGGCCUCCAUAGACAGGGCUACUAUGCAGAAGUCUCGUUGCUUUUGAUUGGUAUUGUGCAGCGCACAGUAAAGCGGGCAGCUUUGCACUGCCUCUCCAAUGUUCCCAGCGCAGCGCAGCUGCAUCAAGAGGCGCGGGAGCGCAGGCAGCAGGUGCGGCAGGAGACUGUUGCCUACAGCGCACACAUUGGGGCGGCUAUCCUGCUGCUGGCUGGACUGUUUUGCAAUAGCGCUUGGUCACUGAUCUACAUUGGAAUGGUCAUGCUUUUCGCUUGCAGCAAGGACAGUCGACGAUGCUGCUCGGCUGGAGCAUCAAACUGGUGGUUGAGGCUCUUCAUCCUCCUCCUCGCACUCUCCUUGACUGUUUAUUUGGGAUUUGAGGCUUGGCUUCCACCUGGCACCUUGAAAAAGCCUUCAGCAGACCUCGUUUCAAGCUUGCUUUGCGAGAAAUAUGCGGACGCUCCGAUGAUCUGGAACUCUGCGCGACAGUGCCUGCCAGGAGGCUGUGCGUCACAGCGCCAGCUUUGUGGGCAAGCCUGGGCGUCAUGGAUUGGCCUGUCUGAAAACUCAGAGGGAAGCAGCCGCAUUACCUUCAACUUCAUGACCUUCUUUUGUGUAUGUUUGCUGCGGCAUAUGUGCCUGGCAGAACUGGACUGCCAAUGCAGCGCCAUGCAAGAGAAAGCUGCCGAGGGUGAGGAGGCAACUGCCACUUCUAGCCCAGAGGAGGUCGAGAUGGACAUGCAGGAAGGCGAUGAGGGUGGCUGGAGUGCCAGAAUCCCGCAACUGGCCGCCACCUGGCCAUCCAUUCUUCUCAAUGCCUCUCUCGCCUUAGCGGCGAUUCAGCAGCCUGAUGCAAGUCUGAUUUCUCUCUGCUACCUGAUGCUGCUGCUGUGGAACCUUUUCACGCUUCAAAGUGUUCAACUUGUAGAGGCUUCGCACAAAACACGGAAGCGAGCCAACAAAUGGAUUCAGGGCUGCAACUUGGCGUUUUGCUUCGCGGUGGCAUGCUUCCAGUGUCCUGCAGUUCCAUGUGCGUUUGCGCUUCGCUCCAUCAACUGCCAGGAAUGCCCAGAAACAUUCUUCGUCGCCCCAGCUUUAUGCAGGGAGCUUUCGGCAAGCUCAGUUACAUCAUGGAGCGGGAGCUGGGACCCUGCGAGCGUGCUGUUGCAGUGCUUGGGCGUGCAGAAGUUGGAGGAAGGCCUUAACUUUUCGUGGAGCAAUUUUUGGAUGCUUUGGGUAUUCAUGGCAUCGCUGGCCCAGGCAUUAGCUGCUAACCGAUGGCGCGACUUGUACGAAGCUGACCUCGAAGAGACGAUGAGAAUCUUGGCUUUGCGAGAGCGAUGGUACAAUGAGCACUUGCUGCACUGGCGGCGUCAAGAAUUGAGAAGGAUUGAUACGAAACACAAGGUUCUGCUUGUGAAGCUCCACAGCCUCAUGGCCUACAUUGCUGGGCUGCGGGACAUUUGGGAGAACAAGCGGGGUGAGCUUACGGCACAAGAACGUGCAAACAGGGCAAGAGAAGAUCGAAUUCUGCAAUUGUGCCUUUCGAGUGGUCACCCACCUCACGCAGUAGAACCCGUCCUUGAGGCUUUCACUCAAGAAGCAGCUGAAGCUGCUGGCCCGUUCAGCGACAAGCUCCGGCACAUCCCAGAAAGCUUUGCUGCAUCGAGUUCUGGGGACAAGGAUCAGAUUGCCGAGGAACGGGCAAGCGCUUUAGAGGUUGCGCGACUUGAUGCCUUUGACACGAUCGACCACUGCGUGCUUAGCCAUUUACAGGAUUUGCAGCUGCAGCGCCUGAGGCGGAUCACAGCUCAGGAUGUAUCUGAUCGCAGAGACGUCUUGCUAGAUCGCUGUACAGAGGCUGGUGAGGUACUCCGAGCCUUGCUUCCCGAAGAGGAUCAAGAGGUGGAGUACGAACGCAGUUGGGCCAGGUCCAGCAAGGCCAGCCAGCUCAGACGUCAACACGCAGUUAUUGGAGACAUCGUUGAACCCGGUGGGAAGGAUGCUAUUCGUGGUGUGCUGUUACGUUGGAAAGCGAAGCUGGUGCUGUGGGCCUACUUGGGCAUUGGGAAACUUGUGGAUGAUUUUCUCUACACCUGUGACGCAGAUGCUACGCUUCAGCAUCAUCGACGAAAUGAUGGCUUUGUGAAGCUGUUGUACAAGGCUUUCUGGUCGCAGACACUUCUUUUGCUCCUCAUUUUCUCUAUUGUUCAAUUUGCAGUCUAUACAUCGGUGCUGGCAGCUUGCACGACCUGUGCAAUUGUCGCUUCUUUGAUGUCCUUUCCUCAUCCUCAUCCGCGCUUCUGGAAGUGGCUUACCAUUUUCAACCUUGGCAUCGUGGUGCUGAAGGUGCUAUACCAGCUGCCACUUUGGCCGAUUUCACUUGACUAUGUCAGAUUGGAGGCCGAUCUGGAACAUGGACUAUCAGCUGGCAUUCCUGUACCUUGGGAGUCAGUCUUGGGCCUCAUCAAGGUGGCACCCACAAUCAAUGCCAUCAAUCAGAAGGACCUUGUGGAUGAAGCGGUGAAGCAAAUGGAGUUCCGAGACCUUGUGCAUCACUCCUUGCUAGGGUUCCUGUGGCCAGACUUGCUUGUGUGCGCCUUUCUUGUUUGUCAUUGGCAAACCCUUCGCCACAGCGGCCGCUUGGGAAAUCCCGCUCAGAUUUGCCGCAGGCUUGCCCUUGACGACUUGCGGGCGAGGCAGCGCGUGCAAACGCGCAACGUGGAGGCCAUUCCAUCAGAGCGACAAGCUGCCGGGCCAGUCGGGCCGAAGUGCAAGACGUUGCAGCCACAUCCGUGCAUGCCGCCAUUGGCGUCGCAUAACAGAAUGCUUCGCGGGAACACGAUGCUGCCUGGCACUGAGAAGCCACGUAGUCAGCGAUACGCAGAGGGGUUGAUGGGUCACCUCAGGAAUGCAAUGAGCGCUGUGGGCUUGAGGAAGCCUGCCAUGGAUCUCUUUGCUCCUCGUGCAGGAUUGAUGAUGUGCUGCUUUUGCAUCAUUCUGAUCGGCUGGGAUCGUCUGAUGGACAGCAAUGAAUCCUUCGCAGAUUCGAUAUCUUCCAACAGCUUUAGCCGUGAGCAGGUCUUCGCAGUAACGCUGUGUCUCGUCCUCAUGGUCGAAGCUCGGGCGGAGUACACCUGGUACACGCAGUACAGAUGGAAAGGGCCUGAAGGUGUUGGGCAGGAUGCGAAUGACGAGAAGGGUGACAAAGCUCGAGGCAGCCCAGGCCGCGUUGCACCAGAAUCGCAAGGUCGAAGUGCCAUGCUCAAAUACAUCACUGUGAACCAUGUGGUGUUCAUCGCUCAGAGGAUUCUUCUCAUGGCAGAAUUGAUUGCCCUGCACGUGUUUUUCGUCUCAAGGUGGGCUGGCAACUCUACCUUCAAACCAAGGAUGACCAACUCGGUGCAGCUGAUCUUUUAUCUCCUCUUCAUGAUCUACUUGGCAUUGACAUCGCUUCAAAUGAGGUACGAUGUACACGUCACAAGUGGUGGGCUUGGACUUACGCACAGCAUGCAGUUCUUCCCCAGCCUGGCUUUCAAGGGAUAUUUGGCUGUGCCCUUUGUGGAAGAGAUGCGCGUGUUGACAGACUGGACCGUGACAAGGACCUCAAUGGAUUUUUUCAUGUGGAUGAAGCUCGAGGAUGCACAGCAAGGGCUUUACAGGACAAAACGCGACUUCCACCUGCGACGCUGGUAUCCACCUGCGGCUCCAAGACCGGCCUGGGAGAAGGUUCUGCAAGGAGGGCUGUUGCUAAUCGGCCUCGGUGCUCUUAUUGUUGCGCCUAUCGCCCUUUUCUCAACGUUGAAUCCGAACCUGCAGUCCAAUCGCCUCACUUCAGCGGGUUUGACGGGAAACCUGGUCGUCCAAUCGACCGAGGAGGGCAUCAGGCAGCUGCAGCUAUACAAAGGAUCUCAGGCUUCAAUCGUUGCGGGCCCGUACAAAGAUGAGUCUCGGAUGGACGUUGCAGAGGUGAGCUUUGUUAUGGCAUCCGAGGAGUACUUUGACUCAUCUGCAGCGAUGCAAGCGCACAUUGCUCGAGCUCUCGGUGAGCCUGAUACAACAGCCUGGUUUGAACUCCAGUAUCAGCUGGAGUUCAACGGCGACACUGGCGACGGCCGCCAAACUUCAACGUCCUACAGAGUGGAGCUGUCUCCGAACUCGACGCUCGACCUUGGCCGCCUUGUGAAUGAAAGCUUGGACUUGGGCAAUGUUGACAAGGUUGGGGUCCUCAUUCCUUCUGCGCUUAAACCCACCAUCCGCGUGAACUCCAACUUGGAGGCGAGCAUGGUGGGUGAAGCCUCCGACCUGAUUCUCGCCUUCCAGUCCUCCCGGGAUAGGCUGGCCCACGGUCGAGACAGAGGAAGUCAAAUCCACUCAGCACCGUUUCGCGGCCUGUGGUAUUUGGGGCAAGCCAAAUGCAACAAGGUUUCCGAAGCUGACGGCGUGGUGACAAGCGCAGGCAACAGCUUGCCAUCAUGUGCUGCCUCGCAGCUGGUGGCAAGCGAGAAGAGUGCACCUGUGCCCGUCGGCGGCGCUUCAUCGAGCUCUUGGAGUGUCAUGGGCAUCUAUUUGGGCGUUGUGUACACAGUCGGCCGCUUGCUUCGGAGUGCUUUCCAGGAUUCAUCCAAGCGAGUGAUCUACGAGGAAAUCCCUGACACGUCAUUGCUGGAGGACUUGUGCAACGGCAUUUACAUAGCGCGUAUUCAGCGUCUUCUCCGAACCGAAUACAAGCUAUAUUACCAGCUGCUGUCUCUUCUCCGGAGCCCGGAGCUUCUCUUGAAUGUCACUGGCACUUUUGGGGACAAGAAGCUGGACAACGAGAUGGACUUCAUGGCCGAAGGGGAGUACGAAGUGGGAUGUGGAUGUGAUGGAGGUGGGAAAAUUCAGGCAGCUGACCAAUGGCUCUCAGCGGCUAAUGCGGGCGCACAUGCAGAGCAAGAAUCCCAUGAGACGUACAUAGUGCCGGAAACAUCAGCUGCAAUCGAAGAGGACUUGAGGCAGAUGGAUGAGAUCGAGGAAGACUUGCGAGCAGCUGAGAAUCCGCAGAUGGGGGAAGUGGAGCUUGAGAGGUUUAUGGGAGUUGCAGACUCGCAGUUUGCGCCAACAAGUCGGCUGGAAGACAUAUCAACGUCGGUAUCACCUUCUGGUGAGCUACGACGACGCUCUCAGGCCACCAGUCACCGUGCGAGUGCGGCAAGCAACCUGGAAAUCUGAUAAAUUCGAUGGCACUGUUUUCCAUUGGCGCACCAACUGUCUCCGCUCAGAGGAGACCUCCAGAACGCUUGCCACCUGCAGAGAAUCA